AGCCGAACGCUUUCCCUGUUCUGGGUUUUCUUCGAUCCAUCGUUCUCCCGUCAACAACAAAAUCAGUCGAUCGUUUUUGGGUAGAUUCAUUCAAACCCUAGACCUUAUCUUUCCCCGAUUUCAACCUUCUUCUAUGGCGAUUCCCUUGGUUAGCCAGUCCUUCGAGUUGUAAAAGAGUUAGCUUUAUCCGCCAUGCGUGUUUUUUAUUCAGUUUCAGGGCUAAUUUCCUGAUGUUUAUCUUGUUGGGUGUUGGUAAUUCUGUAUGAGGACAUCAUCCCAGAAUCUUCUUUUUCUGUACAUCCACGAAGUCUUGACGGUCGGGUGGGAAUUGGAUUUUGUGAUUGGGCUUAAUGUUCUACGGAUCGGCUAGGCCGUGAAUUUUCCAGUUGAUGGCCCGUAAGCUGUUCUUCUUGUUUGACGAGCUUCCGCUCCUCAUAAGUUGUCGGUGGGAACGUACUGUUGCGUUGUCUUAUCCACGCUGAACUCAAUCUCGUGUUAUCCGUGUAUAAUCUAGAAACUAGAACUUCCAAGGAAUGCAAGACCCAAAUAUGCCAUUCCGUGAGGAAAUUCUGAACAUCAAGCCUCGGAAGAAAACCUCAAAACAAAAGAAUUCGUUGGUCCAGUUGCAAGGUGUUGAUUCACCGGGCUUCCACCCUGAGCAGGGGACUCCAUCUCUGAAGCCAAGACAGAAGGCCAAGCCCUCGAAAAGGAAUCUGAAGAAUGAAGUGUCUCCACUGCAGCAGCAGCAGUCAGAGAGAUCGAAUUCUGAUUCAUUGCCCGACUCCUCUCCGUCCGGAAAUGAGUACCGGGCUCUCAGGCGGAAGUAUCUGUUGCUGGAAGAAGAGAGCUGUGCCUUGGGUAAUGAGCUGAGAGACAUUGAAAAUGAAGUGAGGAGCCUCGAAGAUGAGAAAUUCGCACUAUUGGACCACCUCGUGGUGCUAGAAGGCUUGAUUGAUCCUUCAGAGUUGCAGCCUCUCGAGACACAGUGAUCGUGGCAUCAGCAGAUAGAUGUUUGUAUUUGCUCAAUCUCGAAUCCUUCCUACGAGCGUCAACGGGGGUUUUAAGAUUUUAGAACAGGACAGAGCAGAAUCACUAUGUAAAUGUUCCCAACUUAUACAAUUGUUGUAUUGUCUGUUGCCCUCUUGCUGAAAUCUAAUAUUACUCAUUGCGGUGUA